AACACACGGAUCAGAAUGUUUGUGAAGAUUUCAAUAAUAGUAGUGCUCACUUCUCUGCCCGCCUUGGCCCUUGUCCCUGUAGACCCUUGGGGACCAAUACCACCAAAAAUAGAUCGACGCGUUGUGGGUGGCUCUCCGGCUAUAUUUGGGGCGUAUCCUUGGCAAAUUUCGCUGCAGCUCAAUGGCCGUCACUUCUGUGGCGGCAGCCUAAUUGAACCAGAUCUGGUUUUAACCGCUGCCCACUGCUUGCUCGGGAAUGAAAACAAUGUAGACGAACUGGAAAUCAGAGCUGGCACCCUUAUGAAAUCCUCUGGCGGAAGUACUGCCGCCGUCAAGAGCAUUAAGAUGCACCCCAAAUACAAUAACACUCUGAAAACGUAUGAUGUAGCUUUGCUCAGACUCAAGUCGAAGCUAGAGUUAAGCAACUCCAUCAAAACGAUUAAGCUGGCCAGUAGCACGCCUAAACAUGGAGCCCCUGCCAUUGUCUCCGGCUGGGGCGUUACCAGCUUCCAGGGAAAUCGCCCUAACAAUAUGCUCUAUAUCAACACCUUCAUUGUGGGUCGUGAGCAAUGCGCCAGUCCCCAAUAUAGAUAUGGCGCCAAAAUCAAGGAAACUAUGAUCUGUGCCGCCACUCCCAAUAAGGACGCCUGCCAGGGCGACUCUGGAGGACCCCUUGUAUCUGACGAUGUGCUGGUUGGCGUUGUUUCGUGGGGCACAAAUUGCGCCAAGCCCGAAUAUCCGGGCAUCUACGCUGAUGUGGCAUUGCUACGCGAUUGGAUCAUCGAAACGGCGAAAACAAUAUAGCGUAAACAAAGCUGAUUCUAGAUAAACUAAUGAAAUACAUAUUCAAUACUUAAGU